CAAAACGAGAGGGUGGCAUUUCGGCUUACUGAGUGGGGCAUUUCCCCCCACACAGACCCCGAACCCAACAACUAUGAGUUAUCCUACUCUGCUUCUGUCUUUCGCCACACGAUAUUUCCUUCACUUUUCUCUUUAAUCCCAACUCUUCUUUGAGGCCAACAAACCAUGCUCAUUAACUUCUCUUCUUCUUGUACUUGUCCGCCUUUCUCUUCUUCUUCUUCCUCUUAUAUCCUUGGCAGAUUAUCCAAUUCGAAGCCACCUUACUUGGAGUUCCCUUUAAGAUCCAGAACACACCUCUUUAAAUCUCUUUCUCCUUCUGUUUCUUACUCUUCUUCCCCCUCAAGCAAGACCAAGUUUUUGUAUUCGGCUGCCACAAGGGUUGAUAUCAGGUCAUGGGCUCUUCCUGGAUUUGAUCUUGGGAGUGUUGAAUCUGUGUUGGAGGCAGCUGGUGUGUUGACUGCCAUCAUUGUUGUUCAUGAGAGCGGUCACUUCCUCGCUGCUUCUCUCCAGGGAAUCCAUGUAAGUAAAUUUGCUGUUGGUUUUGGUCCAAUUUUAGCAAAGUUCAAUGCCAACAAUGUAGAAUAUUCUAUUCGAGCUUUUCCAUUAGGUGGAUUUGUGGGAUUCCCUGAUAAUGAUCCCAAUAGUGAUAUUCCCGAUGACGAUGAGAAUUUGCUUAAGAACAGACCCAUAUUAGACAGGGUUAUUGUCAUUUCAGCUGGGGUUGUCGCCAAUAUUAUAUUUGCCUACGGAAUAAUAUUUACUCAAGUCUUGUCAGUUGGGUUACCAGUGCAGGAGGCAUUCUCCGGGGUGCUCGUUCCUGAAGUUAGAGCCUUUUCAGCUGCUUCCCGGGAUGGUCUUCUUCCCGGUGAUGUUAUCCUUGCCAUUAAUGGUAUUGAAUUGCCAAAAACUGGGCCUGGUGUAGUUUCUCAAGUUGUGGAGAUUAUAAAGCACAAUCCCAAAAGAAACGUGCUCCUAAAGGUUGAGAGGGGAAAGGAGGAUUUUGAAAUAGGGGUCACUCCAGACGAGAAUCUUGAUGGAACAGGAAAAAUUGGAGUUCAGUUAUCGCCAAAUGUAAAGAUAACUAAAAUGAGACCAAAUGAUAUCUUUGAGGCCUUCAAUUAUGCGGGAAAAGAGUUCUGGGGUCUUUCAUAUAAUGUGGUGGAUAGCUUGAGGCAGACCUUUAUGAAUUUCUCACAAUCAGCUGGCAAAGUUUCAGGUCCUGUAGCUAUUAUUGCUGUUGGGGCAGAAGUUGCAAGGUCAACUGUGGAUGGGCUUUAUGAGUUUGCAGCUCUCCUAAAUCUUAAUCUUGCGGUGAUAAACCUUCUCCCUUUACCUGCUCUGGAUGGGGGUUCAUUGGCUCUGAUACUUUUAGAAGCAGCUAGAGGUGGAAGGAAGCUUCCGCUAGAACUGGAGCAGCUGAUUAUGUCAUCUGGGAUCAUGUUUGUUAUACUCCUUGGGUUGUUUCUUAUUGUCAGAGACACACUUAACCUUGAGUUCAUUAAAGAUUUGUUAUGAAAAUUCUCAAUGCCUUUGAAGUUUGGCUGCGAUGUGGAUUGAAAAAACUUUCUUAUAAAGAUGGAAUCAGAUGAAUCUGAUGCAUGCCUUUGAUGUCUUGCAAAGGAGAUGAAUUUGGUAUAUGAGACGCUUGCCUAAUUUCUUGGUUCAAAAAGAGAUGCUAGAUUGCGGGUACUGGUAACUUGUUGGUCUGGUUCUGUUCCAUCCAGAUUUCUGUAUUCCUCGUACUGUUGUAAACUACAAAUUCUUUGAAGAUAGUGAUAGAAAAUGGGUAGUGGAUUUGGGUACCUUGUUUUCAAUGCAUAAUAUCACAAUGACAUUCUAUUAUAA